CCUGACUCAGUGUAUCGACACUCAUUCGACAUUCCCUCUCUGCCAACAAUCGAUUCACACGCCAGCAUCAGGCAGCCCCCGUCCGUCAAUUCUGUACACUACCCAGUCAGUCACACACACACACACACGCACGACAUGUAGCUAUGCCAUGCAGCACAUAGGUGUCGUCAGCUGAGAAUGGCCCCACUGCCCCUCUGCUCUGAGUGAUCCACCACACACAAUGGCCGGCCUGACAGAUACCGCCAACACGCACACACACACAGAGAGAGAGAGCAUACAGCAGAUGCGAAAAUGGUCACACAAUCAGCCCCUCUUAUCAAUGAGUGCCAUUCCCUCACCUCAGGCAUUGAGAACUGCAGUCAUUGUCACCCACGUGCCUCCAUACCCAUCAUGUCUGAUGCUUCUGAUGGUGAAGGCACCGAUGUUGGUGCCGACAGCGACGGAGGCCUCGAUGGAAUCGCGUUGCUCAGCUGUCGUCGUGUCGCGGACAAUCAUCUCCACACACUGCAGGCCGCUGAUGUGCGAGAUCACCGACGAGAGGCUGGUGCGGACGAAGCUGCCCGCGUCCUCCACAUCAUCGGGAACUGAAGGCGAACACACACAAGGCAGCAAUGAGGACAAAACGACAGAAAUGCCCCAUCUCCCUUUCGGCGUACGUGUCAUGGUGAAACGAAGUUCCCUGAUCGUCGGCAGCCCGUCGGCCGCCCCCACCAGCAGUUGCUCUAGUCGAUUGAUAGCGAUGUCCCCCAUCUCCACCGUACCCACCUCCCUCUCCCUCCCCAGCGACGCCAAGACGCCCACCUUCUCCUCCUCACCCGACAUCUCGCCGAUGUCCACGCACUCCACCUUCUUUGGCAUCUUGGCGGCCAGCAGCCGGCCAGCUGCACCACCCAGGUGGUUGCGGACAGACAGCCCUGAGGCCUUGGGGAACGGCUGCAGGUGGCUGAUGAUGGUGGGGUGGGGCGGUGGGGUGUAGGCCAAGGGGUGGAAGCCAGGGGCAUUCUCGACCUCCACCACGUCGGCCUUGUCGAAUGAGAGUGUCUUGGCCAUGUCGAUGGCCGCUGGGCUGGGGUCGGUGUGCGGGUCGGUCAGGCCGUCCUGAGUGAAGAUGUACUUCACCGAUGUGGCCUUCUGUGCCAGCUGCUUCAUCAUGGUCUGGAGUGAGGGUGAGGGGCGGUCGGGAAAGUUGGGGUGGUAGAAGAUGGAGAGGUCGAGGUCGAAGCCGAAAAGGCCGCGGGUGGGUGAGUGUCAAUGGGGCGUCUGGCAGGUAGCACGCGUCGACCAGUCGGCGCAGGGCCAGCAGUAUGGGCGUGGUGAGGCGGUUGAUGCAGAACCCGGCAUAAAACUCCACGUUCAGCUGCUUGAGCGAUUCUCGGCAGCCGCGGGCCAUGAGCACUUCCUGAAGGCGACAACACACAAAAACGGGACAUCAUGAGCCACCCACACUGUGCAUGUGUGUGCGUUGUGGUCACCUGAAGCCUGUCGAUGCCCGCCGGAUCGCUACCUUCGACCAGGAUGGUGCCGAUGCCCUCCAGCUGGGCGAGUGGCCCUCCCUGCCGCCCAACAGGUGCCGCAGGGAUGCGCUCGAACACACUCGACCACUCGUCACCGUCAAACAUCCCGUCGACCUGCCGCAACGAGCGGGACGAGCCGAUGAGCUUGCCCAGGCUGCCAGGGCGCCACCACCCCUGCCGCACGACGGUGGCGAGCGAGGGCAUCAGCCAGCCCCGGUCGGCCAACUGCCGAUGGUCGCCUCGCAGGUCGGCGAUGGUCUUGAGUGCGUCGAGGGUCGGGGGCGGGUCGAGAGGGAGUGGGAGGAGCGGAUGAGUCCUGAAGAUGGUCUGCCUCGCCGUGCCGGUCAGCCGAACCCCUUCUUCGAUGGCGAUGGUCUGCAGGGUCCCGCCAUGGACGUUGGCUGCCCGUCGGCUGACAAUGUGGCCCUCGAUGAUGGCCACAAACACGUCCAAAGACCAGCGGGGGAAGCCGAGUGGGUAGUGGAGGGCGAUGGACGUGAGCUGUCUGAGGUAUGUGGCCCAUUCCCUGACGAGAGCGAUGGUGGUCCUCUGCCAAAACGACCGCUGGUCUUCGUCGGCCGCGCUGAUGGUGAGGUGGUGCUGCUUGCGGGCGGCGUGUUGCCAUGUGAGGGGCGGCAGCUGCAGCUGGAUGAGCAGAUGAACGGGGAGGAAGGCCAUGACGAUGCUAAGGAUACCGGGCUGCACACAACCACACAGCACACGGGACGGCAAGGGAUGUGGGUGUCCAUCAGAGUGUGGAUGCCCUUGUGCGUGUGGUUGGCUCACCGGUGCAUUCCCCCAGAAGCGUCUUUCCCUCUCAGCCCGACGCGGCCGCUCCUCAUCGCUCUCACUCGCACCACCACCACCAGGCUGAGCAUCAGAGGAAGAGGCCGCCAUUGUGGUGGGUGAACCAACCUGCUACCAACAGCACAUACAGACAUUCAAAGGAGGUUGCCUUGCCUUAAGAAAUCCAUCAGUCAGCACAUUGGCACACCCACCGGCAACUGAUGCGCCCUCUGUGUCUUCUGGUCGGCCUCGGUUAGCUACGCUCUCCGCCAGUGCACCUCGUGUGGUCGGGCGUGUCUAUUGGCCUUCCUGCAUCCCUCACAUGGCCUCGUUCGCACGCUGAGCCCUCGCACCUUUGCCGAGCCCUCUAGGAUGGAAGUGCCCCUCAGUCAGGAAAGAUGCACCAGCUCUGCGUACCUAGACGAUGUCAGCGAUGGC